AUGGCCGCUCAUUCAACCCUUCGACGUCGAGAAGAUCCCCUCGUGGCGCUGUACAACAAGUAUGCCAGUCUCGUUCGCUCCCGAAUCAAGCGUUCAUCAAAGACAACCCAAAUCAUCGCCACGAUCGCACUGAUCCUAUCUAUCUUGGGUUCUGGUUAUGGAGGCUACAAAUGGUUCAGGGAAAGGGCUAAAGAACGUGCACGAGGAAGACAGCUGCUGCGUCGGAAUUCCGGGAUUCGAGGCAAAGAUGGCACUCGUACCAUCUAUGUGCCCUAUAAGGGCUCCAUGACCUCCAAGGUUGUGAUUCAUCCGACCAAACAAACGACUUUCGAUGCGCAUCGGCGAUUGUUCUUGAACCCACCUGCUGCCGCUCGUGUCGGCGACGGAGAAUCAGUGAAUCAAAUACCGCCGCCAACCACAAAGCCAGGGAUCAAUUUGGCAUUUCUUCAUCAAUUCCUCAGUCUUGGGAGUAUUAUGGUCCCGAGAUGGGGUAGCAAAGAGACAGGAUUAUUGAUGGGCCAUGGGGUUUUCUUGCUCUUGCGGACGUACCUAUCUCUACUGAUCGCACGACUGGACGGCGAGAUUGUGAGGGAUCUUGUCGCUGGCAAAGGGCGCGCUUUCGCUUGGGGCAUUCUCAAAUGGUGCGGCAUUGGCACCCUGGCUUCCUACACCAAUGCCAUGAUCAAGUUUCUCCAAUCAAAGGUGUCUAUUGCGUUCCGGACCCGACUAACGAGAUAUAUCCACGAUCUUUAUCUUACUGGCGACAACAACUACUACAAGUUGAUGAAUCUGGAUGGCGGUGUUGGCCAAGGACCAGACCAGUUCAUUACCCAAGACCUUACCCUCUUCUGUUCUGCAGCAGCCGCUUUAUAUUCGUCCAUGGGGAAGCCUAUGGUGGACCUAUUCGUGUUUAAUUAUCAAUUGUACCGUUCUCUCGGGCCUCUGGCGCUUACGGGUAUUCUCACGGGUUACUUCAGUACCGCAGCAGUUCUGAGGAAACUCUCGCCACCGUUCGGAAAGCUAAAGGCUGUCGAGGGGAAGAAAGAGGGUGACUUCCGGGGUCUACAUUCAAGGUUACUCGCCAAUGCCGAGGAAAUUUCUUUCUAUGGCGGUGCAGACAUCGAAAGGGUUUUCCUAAUGAGAAGCUUCAAAGAUCUCCAGCGCUGGAUGGAGGGUAUUUACAGUCUCAAGAUCCGCUACAACAUGUUAGAAGACGUCAUCCUGAAAUACGCUUGGUCUGCGUUUGGCUACCUGAUCACGUCCCUGCCAAUAUUCCUUCCAGCCUGGGGCGGCAUGGGUGGUGCCCUGGAGCUGGUGGACGUGCCAAAGGAGACUGGUCGAGAACGCGAUCGCAUGAAGGAGUUUAUUACGAACAAACGUCUGAUGCUGUCUUUGGCGGAUGCGGGUGGCCGGAUGAUGUAUAGUAUCAAGGACAUCUCGGAGCUGGCUGGGUACACGUCUCGGGUCUACAGCUUGAUAUCCACGCUCCACCGAGUGCAUGCAAGUGCCUACUACCCUCCACGCAAUUCCCAUGCAGAGCUAUAUUCCCUCGCGGAUGUACAAGGGACGAUUCAUAACGGAUUUGAUGGUGUACGUCUUGAACAAGUUCCCAUCGUCGCACCUUCUAUAUACCCCCGGGGUGGCGAUGAUCUGAUCGAGUCGCUGUCAUUCGUCGUGCACUCCGGCGACCAUCUUCUGAUAUCUGGACCGAAUGGCGUCGGCAAGACUGCUAUUGCCCGGGUUGUAUCAGGAUUGUGGCCAGUGUACCGCGGUUUGGUCAGUCGCCCAAGAGGGUUUGGGCUUGACGGCAUCAUGUUCCUUCCCCAGCGGCCCUAUCUCAGCGUGGGGACUCUCCGCGAUCAAGUAAUCUACCCUCACACUGCAGUCGACAUGCACGAGGCAGGCAUAACCGAUGCUGCACUGCAGAAAAUUCUGGACGACGCUCAUCUGGGCUACCUCCCUGGGCGAGAGGGCGGAUGGGACACUCGCAAGGAGUGGAAGGACGUUUUGAGCGGAGGAGAGAAGCAACGCAUGGCUUUGGCACGAAUUUACUACCACGAGCCUCGCUAUGCUUUCCUCGAUGAAGGAACCUCAGCGGUCUCUUCUGACGUCGAGGGCCUGCUGUAUCAACGGGCAAAGGAGCGGGGAAUAACCGUGAUCACGAUCUCCACACGCGCGUCGCUGAAGAAGUAUCACACAUAUAACCUUAGCAUUAGUAUUGGCGAAGAGGGUGAGCAAUGGGAGUUCGAGAGAAUCGGCACCGCCAAAGAGAAGCUGGGAGUAGAGAAGGAGCUGCAGGAGAUACGAAAGCGGCUUGACAAGGUGGAAGAGUGGAAACAGCGUCGGGAGGAGAUUGAAAACGAGCUACGCAAAGUCUGGGUUGAAGAAGGAGAGCUUGCUCCACCACCCUAUGGAUCAGAGUCGGAAGCAGUUGAGGUACAGGAUGACCAGCAGUAG